AUGUAUGCGCAGUCGAGCUCUGAUCCUUCUCAACCAGAAUGGCGAGUCCCAUCCCAGCCGCAUUCUCAACCCCCUCCACCUCCCCCACCGCGUCCGCCAGCUUCAUAUACACCAGCCACUUAUGGACCGAUCUCAAACCCACCGAGGACAACAACAAGUCCCAGUGCGGAUACGACCACAUGGGGAGUGCGGUUCAACCAACACCAUGCUCCCCCAUUGCCCCCUCGGCCUUCAAGUACAAAUGAGCAACCGUAUACCUACGCGCUGCAACAGUCAAACUUGCCUGGCCCGAAUAACCCCUUUGGUGGUCAGCCCGUGAACUAUGCAUCCCAAGCGCCAUACACAGCACCACCACCACCAGCCGUUCCACCGCCGCCCCCGAAGAUCCUACAAGGUCAAAAUGCACCGACAGCGCCGUAUGGCCAGACCACGCGUCCACCUCUGCUUGCGCAAGGUGUAGGGCCAGCUGCUAUGACGGGAUCCUACGCGUUUCGGCCACCGCAUCUAGUCGACACAAACACAUCAUUCACGGGCGCGUCGGCUCUGGGGCCAGGAACACCGUCAGACUGGGAACACCUCGGUCCUUCGCCAGGGGAUUUCGAUGAUGCAGCUUGGUUCCCACCGCGGAGGACGCCCUCGCCUAAGGAGCCUGUGAGGCCAGCCCCAGAGCCCUCCGAUAUCCCUAAUGUGCCCGCGACAAACGCGUCCGAUCUACACUAUCGCCCAAGAACAGAUACGAAUGAAACCUUCUCGAGCAGCAUCUCCGGCAUCACCCAGCUGGGACAAGAUAAUUCGAACUCUCCUGUCAGCCCAUGCAACUCAAAUAGGAUGCCAACCCCGCCCGCGGUGGUUCGCGUGGACAGCACCGAACCUGCCAUGCAUAUGGCGGGGCGGUCGAACACUAUCGACAAUGUGAUCGAUACGUGGACUCGACCAUUAUCACCCGCCGUCAAACCGGCUCCUCAUUUGUCUGCAGACCCGGCAUAUCGGUCGCCGAGUCCUGGACAAGCAACCCAAACUGGCCCGAUCGAACACUCGCAGGUGCAUGCCAACCCAUCGGCUGUUCAGAAUAUGCGAUCGAGUUCCAAUAACUCUGUGCAAAGCAUUGAAAGGCCUGCCACUGUGGCCCCGCGGGUGAAUCCAGAUCCAUUCGAGGAUCUCGACCCUUGGUCCAAGUCAUCUUUGGAGCGUUUUGUUGCUAUGCUGCGCAAGGAGGCAGUUGCUGACCUGGACGAAGAGCGUUACAAGAUCUUCACGGCAUUCAUGGCCAAGGAAACGAAGCUUCGCGAAAUACUGUAUAGCAUUGAACAUGAGCCAGAGGCCACUCAGUCGCCUCCGCGAGAUCUUAGCUCCAAUUCUCAGUCGACGCCACAUCCUACUCAGCCCGAGGUACCUAUCGAGUCGGGCCUGGUACCAGUGACAUCAGAGGAAGAAUUACCUCGAUCGGCGACAGCAAUGCCAGAGGAUGAAGAUCUAGACGAUGCUGGCAGUGAGUACAGUGCAGGUGGCCGCCCGAUUUUCGCCGGGCGACACAGCUCGCAAUUUUUCCCGAGGCUGUCUACGCUACCUUCAGGCGCAGAACCAGCAUCUGGUCUAGCGAGAACUUCAUCAUUCCCCAGUUCCGCGGACGUGCCGAAGCAGGUACUAGAGCCUCUCACCACGAAUCCUCCUCAACCCAUAUACACACCAUUCCAGUACACGGAAGGCCCUCAGCGGGGCUCAGACGAUCUCAGAUUUGAUCGUCCAGCAUAUCAAGCGUACUCCGAUCUGCGACAGGCCGCUGUCAAUGGGCGUGUUAUGUCAAACGGACAGGCCCUCGCAUUACCAUCAAGAUCCAACACAUCGACCAUGUCUCCGAUCUCGAAUGAACGAGACGAGACCUUCCUUGGUCUCAUUCGUCAUAAGAGUGUCGCUUAUAUCACGCCUGUGGAGCGAGAGGCUACGCCCCUUCCAUUGCUACCAGAAGCUCUUCGCAAAAGUCGGCCCAAUAGCCUUGUAGAAGACCUACGUACUAUCGUCUGGAAACCUUUGGAUAAACAGUCUGAAAGUUCUUGGCACAUCACAACUAGGGAAGAGCUUACAAAAUUCCCAGAUGACUUCUCAGAUAUCCAACUUACUACCGAUCGAUGGGAAGGGGCGGCAGCAGCUAGACGACAAAAGCUGGACCAAGAACGUCUCUUGCGCCAAGAAGAAUCUGAGGAACACAUUGAUGAUCUUUUCAAUGGGAAGUCAAUCGGUUAUGCGGAUAUCAAUACCUUGGAGGAAGAAUUCCGGCAAACUGAAGCUCGUGCUCAGCUGGAAGAAGAACGGUGUGAACUUGAAUGUUUUAUCACUGAGGUAUUCAACCCCUUAGAUGAAGGUCUGAAGGAUGAUAUUGCGGCACUUCGCAAAUCCUACGACUCAGCCCUUAGCCAGCUUGACCGAGAUCAAAAGGUCAAAGGAUCAGCGAGCGAGCGAUUCAGCCCCUCUGUGACCAUGAAAAUGGUCAAUGAUAUUCACAACAAGCUCGAAAUUCGUUUCCAGAAACGCCUUCAAAUUGCACUUGACUGUGAGCGGCGUCGGAAGAAAGCCGAGCGGCGACCCUUGGUCUUUAUGGGCGAUAUGGCUAGUUUGCGAAAACUAGAUGCCGAGUUUGACCAGAUGGAAAGACGUAAUAUCCUGGAGGCAUGCAAGGACCGUGAUGAACGAGCUAACCGACUCAUGGACUCCUUCGAUGACGCCAUUCUGCAUGGUCUAGGUACAAAUCAGAGUCUCCUAGACGAGGUUGCCACCAAAGCAACUCAGCUUGAUCCCAUUGCUCUCCGUGCCUCUGGCCUGCCAGAUUCUGAGAUUGAACAAAUUCUCAAGUCUGCAGCGACUUUCGCAGCAUCCCUCCUUAGCGACUCGGAGUCGAUUCUUCGCAGCUCAGGGGUCGCAGAUAUGGCCCUCAACGAUGCCGACUAUGGUGUCUCCGUCGCCGAGGCGCGUUAUGCAAACUCGGAGCCGGAGAUUUUCCAUCGGCUGGCGGGUGAAAAGAAGAAAGAAGACGAGAAAAUACAAAGUGAGCUCAACUCGAAGUUGCACAGUAUUCAGAAGGGGCCGAAGAAGAUUGAAAACAUGGUCGAGAAACUUCUUCUUGACCUGAAGAAUAACCCUCCAAGUGAGGCUCGACGCUCUCCUAUCCCGAGUUCUGCGCCGACCAGUCCUUCCCCGGACGUUCUUCUGCCUGCGAGUCUUCGUUCUUCGAGCACCGCUCCGGUCUCAACAAACGUUGCCCCGGUCCUAGCGAAUGUCCCGCCAGUAAGCCCUCAAGAUGGAGACUCUGAGCACAAGGAGAGGCUGCGCAGAGCGUUAGAGGAAGCUAAGAAACGCAAUGCUUCCAGAAAUCAGUAA